AAGGCUGAAAAACGUUCCUCCGUAUCCUCACGCGCGGGAAUGGCCUCAGAGGAAAGCUGAAAAAAUAAACACCGAAGAAGAAGAAAAAGAAGAGGAAGAAAAAGGCUACAAAGGAAGGAAAGAAGAAGAAGAAGAUCAGAGUAUUAAGACCCAAGAAGCGAUACAAAGCGCCAGAGAGCUACAGAAGAGGAAGGAGAGGGAAGACACCGCCACUCUACUCUUAUCAGGUCUCUCAAGUAAUCCUCCUCGUGCUCACUACAGCUAUGCCCAGGCGGAAGAAGAACAGCCAGCCAUCCCAACCCGAGAGUGAUGAAUCAGACGAAGGAUAUUGCCCGACUCAAACUGAGUUAACUCAGGUAGAGGACCUUUCUAACACUGAGAAGAGAGCACUGCUUGGUCAAGUGUGUAAUCUCUUGUUAGCUGGAGAGAUAAAGAAGGUCCCAGUAAAGAAAGCUUUCAUCAAGAAACAUAUUUUCAAGAAACAUAAAAAACAUUUUGAAGAUGUGAUGGAAGGAGCGAAGAAUAGUAUGCGACAUGUUUUCGGUUAUGAGAUUGUCACGCUGAAGGACAGCUACAUUCUGGUGAACAACCUGAAGAGCAAACUGGUCAAGCUUCAGGAUUUGUCCGAGGCAGAGUUUACUGUGAAGGGGCUCCUUACUACCAUGCUCAUGGUUAUCUUCAUGUCUGAGGGAAAAAUAUCUGCAGGGUCUUUGGAGAUCAGCCUUAACAUCUUAGACAUUGAAAUGACCACAACAGCAAAGCCUACAAUCCAGGGUUUUGUACGAAAGAAAUAUUUAGAGAUAGAAACUGAGUCUUCAUCAGACCCACCCACUGUGAUGUACAAGUGGGGGGAGCGAGCUCAUGCAGAAUUCUCUAAGAAGCAAAUGUUGGACCUAGUAUGCAAGAUUUAUGGAAACAACAUGAAGCCUCAGGAAUGGACACAGCAGUGGAACCUCAUCCAGGAGGAACCGUCAGAUGAAGAUGAAGAUUGAUUGCAGUUUUGAAUGUGUGAAUAUGUUCACCAUUAUUUAUCAGUACCUUGACAGCAGCCAACCCAGUGUCCUCUGUAUCUUAGGUAUUACCAACAAUAUUUUUCACAAUUAAAAUUUGGAAGAUGCAAUCAGUUACAUGCCUUUUAAUAUGAAUGUUGCUGAAUGAUAAAUAUUUGGUCAAUAAUUGUGAUUGAAUCAUGAUUUAUGUUAUUUAUGUUAGCUUCAAGGGUAGGCUACCAUUUGAAUGUACCUGUUCAUGUGAGUUGUGGAUCUCUUCAUUGGAUAAUCACCCUUUACUGUUAUUUUCUCAUUUUUUAAGACUUUACCCCCUCUCAUGUCCUCUAUUUGUGAUAAAAAUAGUUUGUAAUAAUAGUAAUGAUUGAAAUCUUACCAGAAACCUUGUAACUUAUAGAAAGUAUGAGAGUAACUUUAAAUAUUUGAAAAGGUUAGAAAAGACA